AUGGGGAAAGAAGCAGAUUCAAUGAGGUAUGAACUUAAUAACGAGAUAGAUGUUCCACUAUCAGCCAGUUCUAUAUGGCAAGUUUACGCUUGUAAAGAACUCCCUAAGCUCGUCGUCAAAUUACUUCCCGACGUUUUUGAUCGGAUCGAUUAUAUAGAAGGAAAUGGAGGUGUCGGUACCGUAGUUCGCAUUGUUUUUCCUCCUGAGUCAGUGCCGCGGUCAUACAAAGAGAUGUUCAGGAAGAUAGAUCAUGUUCAUCGUGUGAAGGAGGUGGAGCAAAUUUCAGGAGGUUACCUAGCCCUGGGUGUGACAUCUUACGUGGAUAAGUUCAAAAUUAUACGUAGGGGUCCUAAUUCAUGUACCAUCAGAUCCACAACAGAAUAUGAAGUCCCGGAUCAUCUUGCUGAUGAAAUCACCAAACUGAAUAUCACUAUUGAGGGUCUUGUUCCGAUGGCUAAAGCCAUUGUUGAAUAUGUGAAGGAAUACGGUGAUUAUGGUCAAUGCCUAGGGGAAAACGGUUUAGCUCAUAUAGCUUUGCCUGUUUAA